GGUUCCUAUUGGGGAUGGCCAGCCACGUGCCUGUGCGUGGAGUCCGCGUGUCGAGAAGAAGUCCAUUGACCGCCUGCGAUCGAUACGGUUAUUGCUUGACAGGAUGUCCCCAUUAGAGGUGAACUGGAUGCCUUUCGGCCAGAACCCUAGUAAUAGGGUACCCAGGACCCUCUACACGGGACUGAUUCAGUAUCGUGAGAUCGUAGAGGCGUACAUGCCGCAGCGCUGUCUUCGCCAGCUUGGAUAUGUCCAAGUUGUUCCUCCUCCACCAGCAUGGCCCAGUAAGGCCGUCCGAUCUGCGUCGUUGAAGGAGUACGUCGUCCAAUGGCCGGCAAGCAUGAUUGGCACGUGGGAGCAGUUUCCGAUGGUUGCCCGCAUAUGGAUUGAGCAGUUGCAGCGGCCGCCAACUGGGGUGGCUGCCAUGUGUGACCAGCACUACAUGGAGUGGUACAACCGGCACUCGCACCCGAGGUUGAUCAGAGACGUCCACCACGGCGACGACGCCGAUGAUGAUGAUGUGCCACCGCCCACUGCCGUGGAUGCGUGGAUGGGAAAGAUGACGCAGUUGGGACACAGACUUUUUGAGGAGAGGGACAACAUGACGACUGCAACAGGCAGAGCUGUUAUUGAUGAACUGGAACGGGCCCUUGAGCAGUGGCAGUGGGCGUCACAGAGAGAUUAUUGAUAUGUCGGCAGUGCAUUUAUAAAACAUUUUCCUAGUUGUUUGUAAAAGUUAACAUUAUCUGUUCUUAUAAUUAUUAUUUUAAGUUCUUAGAAUUUGACAUUA